AUGGUACAUACCAGAGGGAAGCCGUACAAAUGUGACCAGUGUGACUUCUGCACAGCUAGGAAAGGGGACCUGGACACACACAUAGCUGAACACUCCGGUGAGAAACCCUACUUAUGUGAGAAGUGUGGGUACAGGACAGCCGACAAGAUUCAGCUAUCUCGUCAUAUGAGGUUGCAUCUCCAUACAGAACAAAGGCACCGGUGUGACCAGUGUGCCUUCAGCACGCUUUUGAAAUCGAGUUUGGACAACCACAAGUUAAAACAUGCAAGUGAAAAGCCUUACAUGUGUGGGGAGUGUGGGUACAGGACAGAUCACUUCUAUAAACAUACAGAACAGAAGCUGUACAAGUUUGACCAGUGUGACCACUGCACAGCUAGGAAAUGUUACUUGGACAAACGCAUGGCUAAACACGCUGUGGAGAAACCGUACAAGUGUGACCAGUGUGACUUCUGUACAGCAAAGCAAGCACAGUUGGAGAAACACAUAGGUAAACACAAGCACACGGCUGAUGAGAAACCUUUAAUGUGUGGUUUGUGUGGAUUCAGGACAGGUGUCAAGUCUAGUCUGUCAAGUCAUUUAAAGAAACACAGAGAAGCUGUGUGA